AGAAGGAGACAGUAGAUAUUUCAGUGAAGUUUCGUUCGUUUCACUAUUUCAUUAGAAUUUGCCUUUUUGUUGAAUGUUAUCUUGAUAACAACAAAAACUAACGAAAAUGGCUGGAAUUAAGGUUUGGUGUCCCUGGCUUUUGCUGGUUCCAUUGGAAUGACAUUUGUUAUUCUCGCCUGUGCCUUACCACAAUAUAAACUAUGGUGGCCAUUCUUCGUGGUCCUGUUCUACGUGUUGUCUCCCAUACCAACAAUGAUUGCACGCCGCCACACAGAUAGCGCUGGAGGUAACUCUCCCUGCAUGGAGACAGCAGUCUUCAUCACAAUGGGUUUCCUUGUCAGCUCCUUUGCUCUUCCAAUAGUUCUGGCUCGUGCUGGUGUGAUUGAACUGGGUGCCUGCUACCUAACACUGGCAGGAAAUGUCAUAGUAUACCUCACCAUUCUUGGUUUCUUCACCAUCUUUGACAUGGACGACUCUGACUACACGAUGUGGUGAGAAAUCUAAAUGUUGUUGCAACUUGAAUGGACGAUCUUAGG